GCAAGCAGAAGGCAAGUAGAAGGCAAGUGUCGAUUGGUGUCGAUUGGUGUCGAUUGUAGAAGCAUGAUACUUUUUUUAAUUCGUAUAUAUAUGCUAUAUUACCAAUAGCAAGUGGUAUAUUGUAAGAUACGUAUUCUAGAAAAGUACUGUAUCGUCUUUAUAGCUUUAUAUUUUUUAAAAUGGCAACAGAAUUGCUAAAUGACAAGAGUUAUGAGACGAGAGAAAACGUUCGUCGUCAAUUUUAUAAGAAUCGAAUCACGAAAGAUAAUAUUAAGUUGGAACUUGACGAAAACGAAUCUCAAGAUAAGAGACGUAAACUCUUGUUGGAAUAUCAGAAAAAACAUAGAGAAGAAGCACUAAAUGCUGCACGUGGUAUAUUGCAAGACAUAUAUUUUUCUGAAUUGGAAGAUGAGGAGUAUAUGGAUACGGAAGAGCAUUCUUCAUCCUCUAAAUUACAAUAUAGAUCCAAAAUAAAUCGAAUGAUGAUGUCAGAAUGGAUGCUAGAUGUACCGCAAGACUUUUCGGAGAAUUGGAUUAUGGUUCCAUGCCCAGUAGGAAAACGAGUUAGACUGGUUUCAGGCAGGGGUAAAACAAGGGCAUAUUCUAGAACAGGCGUGUUUGUUGCAGUUUUCUCUUCAGCUCUUCCAGGUGGAAAUUAUAAUGCUAACAUGCGCCAUUCUGCUAUUAUAGAUGCCAUAUGGAUAAAGGAACGAAAAGUUUAUUAUGUAUUAGACGUGUUGUACUGGAAUAACUUGCCUUUUACAUAUUGUGAGGCUGAGUUUAGACUAUAUUGGAUCAAUAGCAAACUCUCUGAGACAAAAGAAUUUGAAAUACAUGAUUCUGAUAUAAAUAAAUAUCCUAUGUUAUCUUUACCAAAAAUCAGCUGUGAUUUAAAUUUAAGUUCAGUUUUGACAGAUCUUGCUCCUGAACUACAUUCAUUAGAUGGAUUAUUUUAUCAUCGCAAUGCACAAUAUAUUUUUGGGAUUACUCCACUUGUGAUAUGGCUGAAACCUUAUAUGUUAUCUGAAGCACUUGGGAUAUUUGUACCUUCACCAUUUGACAAUAAACCAGAUAAAUACGUAAAUUUUCAACAUCACGUUGAAAGUGUAAAUAAAAAGCGGAAAAAAGGAAAAAUUGUCAUAAAUAUUAUGGAAGUAGAAGAAAUGUAAGAUAAGAACGCAUUUGAAAUAUCAUAAUGAUCUCAAAUAUGGACUAUUUUUACUACGCAAUGUACGUGUACAGUAAAAUGUAUAAAUAUAUUUUUUUUAACGUAAAGAAAAAUAAAUUUGAUUAUAUAAAUAUAUAAGAUUUUAU